AUGGCCGUUCCCUCAGACUUCACCGUUCUCGAUAUCUCGGGCAAGUUCGUCAUGAACAAGACCCUGUCGGACCAACGCACCGAUACUAUCCUUCAACUACAAGGUGUCAGUUGGUUAAAGAGAAAGGCAAUCAGUAUUGGCACCAUCACGCUUGCAAUCAAGCACUACAAGGACGAAGAUGGUGUUGAACAUAUCGACAUCGACCAAACGCUCACCGGAGGAAUUCCAGGAACCAGGGAGACCAGGACGCUCUGGUGGAAAGAAAGACAAAAUGAGGACCAUCUCUUUGGCGCCGUCAUUGGAAAGUCACGACGAGUCAAGGCUGAAGAGCUUGACAUCCCUUUCCUUCAGGGACCCUGGACCGCGGAUACCCUGGAACACGGCCUCAUUCAAUCGUACGUCGAGAGUGAUACACCCAAGAGCGGCACUACUUGGAUCGCCAACCAGACAUGGGGUAUUGAGGAGAUUGACGGGGAGAGGCGGUAUGUCAGACAUGUUAAAUUCACUGGACCCAAGGCGGAAGACAUUGAAGCAAAGCUUGUCUAUGACUACGCCCCUGCUCCCCUUUUCAAUAUUGAUAUUCGUGUUGCUGGGCGUCACAUAGUGCUACCUAUCGAAACAAUUAUCAUCAAGACAACCCGACCACUCACUUCACCUUGGAUAUUUAUAAUUCUUGCCGCAGCAUACAUCAUCGGUUUUGCUUUUUUCGCUCGAGCGCAAUCGUUUCUUACACCUCCAUCUUCGUUUAUUGGGUGUACUUCCACCUUUUACCUGGCUAAUAACCAGUGCGGACAGGAUGGCGAUGGUUGCGGGCCGUUUGAUGCAUCUUCUUUCGAUUUCCGGUGUCCUGCACAGUGCGACAAUGUCAUUCUACAGAACCCUCGGACCGUGGGGAACGAGCAGAUUGUUUUUAAACCUCUUCUUGUAGGCGGCGGGGAUGUCAAUAUGACUUAUCGUGGUGAUAGUUUUAUUUGUGCUGCUGCCAUACAGGCUGGCGUUAUUUCCCAGCAGAAAGGAGGCUGUGGAAGUCUCAACCUCAUCGGCAAUUUCACUAAUUUUCUCCCCUUCACAUCUCACGGGCUCACAUCUAUUGGAUUCCCUACGGUUUUUCCUAGUGCCUUUCAGUUCCUCGGCUCCACAUCUCUCUCUCACUGCGCGGACCUUCGAAACGAAGCCCUCGUAUUCAACGUUCUCGUCACUAGUGCAUUAUUCAUCAUACUACGCCCAAAAUCCAUUGUGCUCUACUGGUGUCUGGUUUGCAUCGGUUUUUGGCAUGUCAUUUUAUUCUCACAACCUACUGGACCACCUCCGAAGCUGGACGUCGCGUUUGAAUCAUUCCUCCCUGUAUUAUUCAUAGCAUAUGCCUUCUGGAGACUAGGAUUCCGAUUCGUGAUGCCGGCGUUCCGAGGUGCUCCUUUAGAAGCGUGUAUUCUUUAUCUCAGUGGAUACUGGGUCGGAGUUCUGAAUAAUCUUACUUUUGAUAAAUUGCCUCUGAGCCGCCUCACGUCGUCCGAUCUGGGAAAAAGGAAUGGAGCGAUCACAACUUUGGUCGUGAUGCUUGUGAUCAUCGUCAUUUUGGCCAUAAACCAGGUUCGCGUUAUACGCAAAACCGGCUGGCUACCGUACUAUGCUGGAUGGUAUAUAGCAGGCGGACUUGUGACGCUUGUUCUUGCCUUACUGCCAGGACUGGAACUUCGCUUGCACCACUAUAUCAUACCAAUGAUCAUUAUUCCUGGAACUGCGUUUCCGACCCGAUUGUCUGCGAUAUACCAAGGGUUGUUGCUUGGUCUUUUCCUCAAUGGAACAGCAGCAUUUGGCCUGGACUCUAUACUCCAAACACCCGAUGAUCUUCGUCAAGACGCUCCUCUUGGUUCUGAUCUUCCCGUAUGGUCGACAAAUUCGACGAACUACAAUUCCUCCAUUCCGUUCGCCAAUCAGCUUAUAUUUUGGGAUCCUUUAAUUCCAAACUGGGAUGGAUUUGCCCUUUUGGUGGACGAUGUUCAAAGAUACGCAGGACCAGCGCUCAAUUUCUCUUUGGCUUCACUCAAUGCCAGCCUACCUCAUUUCUUUAGACUUGCCUACACCUCUAUGGGCUCUUCGGGAGACUUCACGAAGGCUGCGACAUUGUGGCCAAAUGGAACAUGGGUUGAUCCACUUCCAGGACCUUCGUAG